AUGAAUUUAAAUGAAAAUGCAUUACUCUAACUUAGUAGUAGAGUUGCUGCACCCAGAAGAGCCACUGUGUUUAGUUAUACUAAAAAAGGAUUGAAUAUAAGACCUGAUAGUCCUAAAACAAGAGAAGCAUGUUUAGCUUUGGGUUAUGAUGCCUCAAUCUUUAAACUCAAGUAAUUAGGUUUUAUAAUAUUUAAGAAAAUUGGAAGAAUUUGGUGGACCUAAUGUCACUGAAGCAAUUUAAAAAAUGAGAUAUGAUCAUUAUGUAAAAAAAAUGGAAAGUAUAUUCUUCAUAAUAAUCGAAAGUUACAUUCAAGGAGAUCUCCAAAAAGAGAAAGUAAAUAACCAAGAAGAAUAAAGGAUUACAAAAUAUUUAAUUAGAAAAAUCAUUUCAUCGAGAUGAGGGGUAUCUCCAAAUGCUCAUUUACAUUUUAUUAGUUUAGUCAAUGAUUUGAUAGAAACUUACAAUAAAAAGAUGGUGAACCUUAAGAUAGAUGAAGAAGAUAAUGAUAAUUCCUAUGAAUCCUAUGAUGAAGAAGAUCCAGUUCUAGUUUUAGAAGAAUAAUUGGAAAGAGAAAUUAAAAAAUAUAAAAGAGCACUUGGAGUUAAAGCUAAAGAAAUUCAUCAUUAGUUAGAGAAUGAAAAAAGAAGACAUUAAUUAUAAUAAGAGAUGGAAGAAAGAGAAAAAAAAAUAGUUGAAUUAAAUGAGAAGAUAAGAAAGGAAAAAAUGUUAAAGAAAAAAAAAAAAUUAGAAGCUGCUUAAAAGAAAUUUAAUGAAAUAAAAAAUAAAGAAAAAUAAUUUAAUCUAAAAUAAAUAGAUGAAAGAAAGAGAUAAUUAGAAAGAUUUGAAGAAUUAGGAAAAAAAUUAUAAUUUGAUGAAUAAAUUAAGAAAAAAGAAAUUGAAGAACAUGAAAAAGCAUUAAGAUAAAAAUUUGAAACAGUUAGAGCAAACAAAAAAAAAUUUGAUAAAUUUAUGGAAGAUAAAAUGACACUUACUUUAUCUAAUUUAUAAGUUAAAUGUAAUUCUAUUCUUUAUUAUUUUAUAUAGAAAAUGAAUGUAAUUCAAAUAAAGAGAAAUUUACAUGGGAAUCUAAAUUAGAAAAAUUAACAAUGAGAAGUUCUCAUUAUGAUGAAAAAUUAAGAAAAAUUAAAUUACAAACUGAAUAAAAGGAAGCAGAAACUAUUUAAAAAGUUGUAGGAAAAAUGUUUAAUAAAGAAUAAGAAUUAUAAAGUAUAAAUUUAUUAUUUAAAUAUAUUUUAGUGCUUGAAAAAUAAAAGUAAAUGAAUGAAUAAGCAAAAAUAUAAGAAGAACAUACUAAAAGAAAAAAAGCUUAAGAUUAAUUGAGAAAAAUAUAAUCAUUAUAAUUAUAAAGAGUUACAGAUCUAGAGAAAAAAUUUUUAGAUUAAGAUGAAUUGAGUAGUAAAAGAAAAGAUGAAAAAGAUUUUUAAAAAUAUUUAAGAAAAGAAAAAAUGAAAAUUAAAUAACAGGAUUUGAUUGAAAAUUAUUAAAGAUAAGAAAGACUUAAAGAUUUAAGAUUUAAAUAAGUUAUAAAAGAUAAUUAAUAAUUAAAUGAAUAAAAGGCUUUAGAAAAACUAACAAAUGAAUUAGUUAGAAAAGCAUAAUAAGAAUUAUAAAGAAAAUUGAAAUAAGAGAAUGAACAUCUAGAUCGAAGUUUAGUAUCUGUUAGUUAAGCAGAUAAUAAAUCUAUGGGGUAUUUAUUUAUUUAGAUUAUUAUAGAAACCUUGUUCAAUAAUUAGAAAAAAGCCUUAUGCAAUAUUCCUAAAUGAUUUGA